AUGUCCGAUCGAGGCGAGUGUGUACGGAUACCGACCUUCGAUCCCCGCAAAUUCAAUCUUUCUCGCGCUGUUCUCCCUCGCCAUUAUAGUUCAUGUCGCGCUCGGCAUUCGCUGAGAAGCUGGGGCUUCAUGGCCUUUAUGAUCUUUGGGUGUCUGGUUGAGAUUGUCGGGUACGCGGCGCGUAUUCUGCUAUACAAGAACCCGUUCGAUUUCCUCGCCUUUUUGAUUCAGAUUAUUUUCAUCACCACGGGACCCGUAUUUUACACGGCGGCAAUCUAUGUAACGCUGUCCAAAACCAUCAACCACCUCGCUCCGCAACUCUCACGCUUCAACCCCAAAUUCUUCUACUGGAUCUUCAUCCCGGCAGAUCUGGUAUGCCUCGCUCUCCAGGCUGCGGGUGGCGCUCUGUCCACCCAGACGAGCGGGUCGAGUAACACUGGCGUCGACAUCACCAUGGCGGGCUUGGUGCUGCAGGUGGUCGUCAUUUCCAUCUUCAUCGCUGCUUUUGCAGACUACAUGAUUCGAUAUAUCCGCGAUCCUGUGACGCAGGCCUUGACGUCGAGAGUCAGAUUGUUCUUGUCAUUCUUGGCUGUGGCGGUUGUUUUGAUUCUCGGACGAUCCAUCUACAGAGCAUACGAGCUGAGCAAGGGCUAUCGGGACUCGGAUCUCAUCACCGAUGAGGGCCUGUUUAUUGGUCUGGAAGGAGUGCUUAUUGUUAUCGCCGCAUUUUCACUAUGCAUCGGCCACCCCGGCUUGUUGCUUAGCCCCAAGUCAAAUGUACCACGGUCGACGUCGACAUCUGAUGUCGAAAAAUGA